UUUCUUCAAAUUCUUCCGUAUAACAUGAAGAACAGUCUCCUAGUUAGUCUUUGCAAAAGCUUGCCGCUUUCAUACCAAGUGUUCUUAAUUUUGGCUGCUGUUCUUGUCGAAACCUGUGUCCCUGUUGGCUCAGUUUUAGCAAAUCUCUGUCGAGUGUUUGAUGAACUAUGAACUGUUACAUGUUUACUUGUUUGCAUUGGAUGGUUAAGUUUUAUCCAUGCUCAACAGAAAGAAACCAGAAUUGCUAUGAUAAUUUUGGUUUCAUGGAGGAAGUGGGCAAGUGGGAAAGUUACAAAACAAAAGGAGGAUCAGAAAAUAGGGGUGUAGAUUGACUCUGAUCUCCAAAUUGCUGGAUGGGUCUUUUGACCUUUUGGAAAAUGGCACCUCUGUUCUUGCUUUAGCUGAAAAGUCAAAGUAGUUUCUUCUUGAAGAUUGCAGUUGUCUGGAUAGAUAUAAAGAAUACACUGUCAUUUAUACAAAACGAAUGAUCCAUAUUUUCCCACUUUCUGAUAACUUGAGAAUAUGAAUAAAAAUACUUCAGAAAUGUCCUGUAUCAUACCUUCUGUUUACCCCCUUUCUUUGAAGGAAGUUUAUCUAGAUAUAUUGAAUAUUUGAAUAUCUGGAUAAUCAGGAAUCUGCAGUGAAUGAGUGAUGGCCGCCUGUUUGAUUACCACUCAGCCGAUGGAACCAGGCAAGGGAUAAGGGACGCUAGAAAGAUAACUGCUCAAUCAGGCAAUAUAUUAACCCACGUAUCUCAACUUUGUCCUCUAAAUUCAUAAAUUUUAAGGUGGGUUUUUUUUUUUUUUAAUAUAUUUCUGUUGUGGAGAGUUUGCUGUUUGCUGUCAUGCACAAGCAGAAUAUUCUCCACAGUAAGGCCUCUUUCAUUUUCAGAAAAAAUCUUGAUGGACAACUCAAUUAUAGAAUUCCCUGUAGUCUGCCCAGCUUACAUAAUAAUCGAAGUCGUGUUAAUUCUUGUCUUAUGAGGGUCAAAACACCAGCUAUGACUAUAACUGCUGGCUUGGACUCAUUGGAAAUUAGCCACACAUUGCAUCCUGGAUGUAUCAAAGGUGUGGCUGAUGAAAAUCAAGGGGAAUUAUCUGACGAAGAUGAUGAUCUCUGUCCUGUGGACUGUGUUAGAGAAUUUAAGACUGAUGAAGAGUUUUUGAAAAUCCUUGAUAAGGCCAAGGAAACAAAUUCUUUAGUUGUGGUAGAUUUUUAUCGAACUUCCUGUGGAAGCUGUAAGUACAUCGAGCAGGGUUUCUCAAAACUGUGCAAGGGUUCUGGCGAUGAAGAAGCUGCAGUAAUUUUCUUGAAACAUAAUGUACUUGAUGAGUAUGAUGAACAAUCUGAAGUUGCUGAAAGACUUAGAAUCAGGGCAGUGCCUCUCUUCCACUUUUAUAAAAAUGGAGUUCUCUUGGAAGCAUUUCCAACCAGAGACAAGGAGAGAAUUGUUGAAGCCAUUCUGAAAUAUACAUCUAGUACUCAAGAUGCUUAAGCAAAGGUGGUUAUAUUUUCGACCUUUGCUUUUGCAGUAAAAUGUUGAGAUAGUUGGACUGGAUUAGACAAGAAUAACUGGUAGAGAACAUAUUACUACUGUGACCAUUAUUCAUGGGGUGUAAUUAAAAUUUGAAAAUGUUGUUUCUA